GUUGCUGUCAAUAGUUUAGAUGCGAACAUGUAAUCGACCGUCCCAGCGCAUGGACACACGGACAAUCUUACCCGUAACCACCACCACCACCGAUCUGGCAACGAAGGACGGAGUCAAAUCGUCACGGAGUAGACCUCAUUCGUAUGAAUGAGUGUGAAAAUACACAGACAGACAGCCGUGACAGACGACAGCACUGCAAACGCAUUCGUCACGCAAGCUGGGGCUACAGAACGGAGACAGAGCAGAUCAGCAGCAAAAGAAAAACCACGCUCACAUACACACAUAGAUGUCAAAUGGAGGGCAGCAAAGCAAAUGCCCUCCCUGCUUCCUCACCGGUGGAGGAGGAUAUCGAUGGCCAAUUGGCCAACACUCAAGAAUACAUACACACAAUACGCGCCAAACAAAAGAGCGCCCGCUCAAAUCCAAAGCGCCAUGGCAACCACACACAUGGCGAAAAAUAGGGGGGUGGAAAACAAUAGAGGCGACAGCCAUAAACAAUCAAUUCGAGCGGAUGAGGCGGGUGGCGUGCGGGUCUUCUUUUCUCUCAGUCUGUGUGCGUGCGUGUCUAUUUGAGCAGCAGGAGUGCGGCCCCGAGGCGCCUGAUCUGCUUCCACUCGAGUGCAAGCCCCUCGCACCAGAACGGCACGCUCAGCAGCACCGAGUAAUCGGGCUUCUCAACCGCCUCCCACUUCUCGUAUGACCUCUCACCUGACACACACACGAGACGCACUCUCACACACGUGUGUGUGUCUGGGCAGCGGCUGAAUAUAUAUGUAUCACUCACCCCUUUCUGUGGCGCACUUGACGCAGAGGCACUUGCCAGUGUACAUGCAGCCCCACAUACGGUCGAACACCUGCAGAAUGAUGCAGUGGCAGACAGAACAAACGAGGCUCCACUAAGGUGUUUUCGGGUGUUUGUUCCUGGGCGGGCGCCUACCUUGAGGAAGAAGCCGCAGUGGUACGGUUUGUUGUAGAUGGACAUGGCGUGGUGGCAGUAGUGCUGGAACGCCGUGUUGAUCCUGUGGACGCGACGCGCACAAGGACGAUACACACACACACACAAAGAGAUGAUGCAAGCAUCGCAUCCAUGGCUCGGCUCAGCAGCUGCCCUCUCUCUCGUGCAUCACCAAGGGUGGUGGGCGUCAGGCCACUUGAGCUCAUGACCUGCACACCCACACACGCACACACACAGACAUACAUGAUGAAUGUGCCAUCCAUCCAUCCAUCCUACCCGAGUGCAGGUAGACGCCGUAGCCGUAGCUGAAGAUGCCCAUCUGCAGGAACAUCAGGUCGAUGUUGAUAGGCACAAACAACGGAAACAGCAACAUCGGCGACGCUCGAACAAACUGAUCUGCACACACACACACACACACAGAGAGAGAGAGGGAGAGGGUCACAGAGGCCUGUCACUGCCGGCAGUGCAGUCCGCCCACCCACCCCCCCCCUCACCGAGCAUCUCAUCAGCAAUGACGGCAAAUGGCGACGGAUUGAAGAACGUGUGGUGGUGCUUGUGGAACCGCCACAAGAACUUGUAGACGUGCGUGGCCCGGUGGUAGUAGAACUCGGUGAAGUCGACAAACAGCCAAAACACCACCUGCACCAGCACCUGGAACCCCCAGCUGUACUGCUGCGCGCCGCAGAACCCCUUGGCCAGCCCCCUGCUGCUGAGCCAGAUGGUGAUGGCGGGGCAGAGGACGGCCAUGACCAUCCCCUUGAGGCACUGGAUGAUCUCCUCCCGCACCUUGCCGGGCGACGGGUAGGCGGGAUUCGACUUGUGCCGCCACUGCUCGUAGGUCGGCCGCCAGUAGAGCCAGCAGAACACCACCGAAGACAAACUCAUCACGGCCAUGGCGCCCAACACUGACACACAGAGUGCAUGCCGUCCACCAUCGCUCUUCUCUCUGUGUGUGUGCUGUGACUGACGUACCUGUGCAUAUGCCCCAAAUGAGGGGGAACGAGAGGCCCUCAGACACCUCACACAGCACCAUUGUCCCAGACACGCAGCAGCAACGCGCCCAGCAGAGCCCUCAGUGUGGUCCUCGUCCGCGUGCGUGGCAAACACAAAAUUCGUCGCCCGCUGGUGCCCCGUGACAAAAAUGACUCGCGGCAGUGGUCCAGAUCCCUUGUUCUGUUCUCCCUUCUCCCUG